GACGUGGAACUGCGCAUGUGCGUGAUAGCAGAACUAACUAACAAACAAACAUCAAGCAGAGACGGACAGCAAACACAGACUUUCUUAUUAAUAGCUAACUAUCUACAUGGGUUAACUAUCGUUUAAUAUACCUUGCAGUUCCACUCGAAUGAAGGAGCUCCGUCCUGGCUGACUUUUGGAGAUGGGAAUACACAAUAUUACAGACCAGCUUCCACUGGUCCAAGCAGUUUUUAAUCGAAAUGCCGAUGAAAUUCAACUACUAUUGCACAACAAGAAAGAGGACGUCAAUGCACUGGACCAAGAGCGCCGUACAGCACUACAUGCUGCUGCCUGUUUGGGGGAUGUUCAUAUAAUGGACCUCCUCAUCAAUGCAGGUGCAAAUGUAAAUGCUAAGGACCAUGUGUGGUUAACUCCAUUGCACAGAGCUGCUGCCUCCCGGAAUGAAAGGGCAGUGGGGCUACUUCUGCGGCAGGGAGCAGAGGCCAAUGCACGAGACAAGUUCUGGCAGACUCCACUGCAUGUUGCAGCUGCCAAUAGAGCCACGCGCUGUGCAGAGGCCCUGCUCCCCCAGCUGAGCAAUCUGAACAUGGCAGACCGUACUGGCAGAACCGCCUUGCACCACGCUGCUCAGAGCGGAUACAUGGAGAUGGUGAAGUUGCUGCUGAAUAAAGGGGCCAACUUGAGUACCAAUGAUAAGAGAGACAGACAGCCAAUCCACUGGGCAGCGUACUUAGGGCAUCUGGAGGUGUUGAAGCUGCUAGUGUCUCGGAGUGCAGACAAGGGCUGCAAGGACAAGCAGGGCUACACCCCUCUCCAUGCUGCCGCUGCCAGCGGACACAUUGACAUAGUCAAGUACCUACUGAGGCUCGGGGCUGAGCUGGAUGAGCCCAAUGCCUUUGGGAACACUGCUCUGCAUGUGGCCUGCUACACAGGCCAAGAGGCUGUGGCCAAUGAGCUGGUGAACCAAGGAGCUAACGUCAACCAGCCCAACAGGAGUGGCUAUACCCCACUGCACCUGGCCGCUGUGUCCACCAACGGGGCCCUCUGCCUGGAGCUGCUGGUCAACAAUGGGGCUGACGUCAACCAGCAGAGUAAUGCAGGGAAGAGCCCCCUGCACAUGGCAGCCAUUCAUGGACGCUUCACACGCUCUCAGAUCCUCAUCCAAAACGGUGGAGAGAUUGACAGUGUGGAUAAAUAUGGCAAUACCCCCCUCCAUGUUGCUGCUAAGUACGGCCAUGAACUACUGAUCAGCACUCUGAUGACCAACGGUGCAGAUACAGCCAGACAAGGGAUUCAUGGGAUGUUCCCGCUGCACCUGGCUGUGCUCUAUGGGUUUUCAGACUGUUGUCGCAAGCUACUCUCCUCAGGUCAGCUGUACAGUAUUGUUUCAUCUAUGAGUAAGGAGCACGUACUAUCAGCCGGGUUUGACAUAAACACUCCAGACAACUUUGGAAGGACCUGUCUACACGCUGCUGCUUCUGGAGGAAACGUUGAAUGUCUCAACUUGCUCUUAAGCAGUGGUACUGACUUGAAUCAGAGGGACCAAUUGGGAAGUUGGGCCUUCUCUUGGUCUCUCAGGGCUCCGUUGCACUAUGCAGCUGCUAAUGGGAGGUACCAAUGCACUGUGACCCUAGUGAGUGCUGGCGCUGAGGUCAAUGAGCCAGACCGUACAGGCUGCACUCCCCUGCACUACUCUGCUGCCUCCCAGGCCUUCUGCAGAAUGGACCGACAUUUCCCUGGGACUCUUCAGAGCGAGGAGGAUGGAGAUAAGGAGUCCUAUUUUUGCUUGGAGCAUCUGUUGGACAACGGUGCAGACCCAUCCCUGGUCAACUCUAAAGGUUACAGUGCUGUUCAUUAUGCUGCUUCUCACGGCAACAAGCAGAACCUGGAACUGCUCCUGGAAAUGUCCUUUAAUGCCCUGGGAGACAUUGAGAGCAGUAUUCCAGUGAGUCCGUUGCAUUUAGCUGCUGAUAAUGGCCACUGGCAGGCGCUGAGUGUGCUGACGGAGACUGCUGCCUACGUAGAUGUGCAAGAUGCCUCGGGCCGCUCUGUGCUCUACUUGGCUUCCCAGAGAGGUUACGCCCGCUGUGUAGAGGUCCUGCUAGCCCAGGGGGCCUCCUGCCUCCUCAACGAGAACAGACACAUGUGGACCCCUCUACACGUCGCAGCUGCCAACGGCCACACGGAAUGUCUGCACAUGCUGGUGGAAAGCGGGGAGGAGGCAGACCUUACCAACGUCACAGACGCACAGGGACAGACUCCUCUGAUGCUGGCUGUGCUAGGUGGCCAUACAGACUGUGUCCACCUGCUGUUGGAGAAGGGGGCCUGGCCCGAUGCCAAGGACAAGGGGGGCAGCACUGCCCUGCACAGAGGGGCGGUGGUGGGCCGUGAGGACUGUGUGACAGCCCUGCUGGAUCACGAGGCAUCUGCCCUGUGUCGGGACGGCCAGGGUCGUACCCCCCUGCACUACGCUGCCUCCCACCGCUACACUGACAUCCUGGCCAGUCUGCUGCGUGCUGCCACGCGCGCCGAUCCUCUGGACUCCCUAUUGGACCACGAAGAGUACACGCCAUCACACUGGGCCGCCUACCAAGGGCAUGAAGGCUGUUUGGAGGUUUUACUUGAACACAAAACAUGUAGUAGCCAGGAGGGAAACCGCUUUACCCCAUUGCACUGUGCUCUAAUGAAUGGCCGUAGUGGAGCUGCAGAGAUGCUGUUGGAAUCUGCUGGUGUACAGAUGGUUAACACCAGGGAUACUAAAGGAAGGACCCCGCUUCAUGCCGCAGCGUGUGCCGAGGACGUGGCGGGGCUGCAGCUGGUCCUACGCCACGGAGCUGAGAUCAACGCCGUGGACCACACCGGACGCUCUGCUCUCAUGGUUGCUGCCGACAACGGACAGAGUGGCACCGUGGCCAUCCUCCUGCAUCGUGCCAAGGCUGACCUGACACUGCUGGACGACAAUGGAAACACUGCCCUGCAUCUGGCCUGCAGCAAGGCUCAUGAGAUGUGUGCCCUGCUGAUUCUGGGGGAGAUCCAUAACGCUACCCUUGUCAAUGCAACCAACGCUGCACUGCAAAUGCCCCUGCAUCUAGCAGCACGCAACGGUAUGGCCACCGUGGUCCAGGCACUGCUGAGUCGAGGAGCCACAGUGCUGGCAGUGGAUGAGGAGGGCCACACUCCAGCCCUGGCCUGCGCCCCCAACAAGGACGUGGCUGACUGCCUGGCUCUGAUCCUCUCCACCAUGAAACCUUUCCCACCUCUGGACCCUUCCUCGUGCUCCUGCUCCUCUUCCUCCUGCCCCUGCACCUCCAUCUCUGUCUCCUCCAUCUCUGUCUCCUCCACCAUCUCCCCCGGUCUCAACCUACUGAAGCACUGCGGCAUCACCGCAGCCUGCACACCCCUGCCCAACGGAGGCCUUCACCAUCACCACGGCUAAGUCAAAGACCACCAUGGCGCCGCCAUCGGCCUGGACGGGUGCCUUUCUGAGUGAGGUCAUCCUACACCUACAAUCUGACACCACUACUACCACCACCACAGGGUGACUCCCUUGAGUACACCCACCUACACGCCUAUGUGUAUGUGUGUAUGUGUGGUCUUCUCCUGAAGUGCAGUCAAACCUAUAUGCAAAUAGAGCCCACAGCAUCUAUCUCAGCUCUGUAGUAGUUAGUGCUUAACACAGAGAGACUGAUCUCUCUUUCUGUAAUGUCACUGGAAUACCGCUGUUUGUCCCUAAACGGUUGCUAAUAACCAACCACAAAAAUAAUCAAACCCUUUAAAAAAUGUUCCACAAAUAGGUACUUGUCAGCACAGAAAAAUUACUGACAGCUUAAAGGACUGUUUAUUCUCCUUUUUGUGUUUGUUUGUAGUCUCUUGUUUAGUCACUUCUCAUUAUCAUUCAGUAUUUAAUAUUAUAUCAGAAACUAGGACUAGUAGUGGUGGCCUUGAAUAGGAAUGCACAGCCUUCCCCAAAGGAGAAUGAUCAAACGGGUUAAAGUAGGGUAGAGGACUUGAUGAAGGAACCAUACAGAAGAAAGUCCUGCCCAAGAGUGCAAUGCUAAAAUAUAUCUAUUCUGACUUUUUUUUUAAUGAUUAUAAUAUGUAGUGUAGUAGCCUAUAUUUAAACUUUUAGCCUAAAAUAGUUUGUCAUUUUCAUAGAGGAGAAUUUCAUAGAGCUGCUAAAGUUUGAAAAAUGUAUAUGUAAGCAUGUGUCCUUGCAAAGGAGUACAGUGCUCGGGUUGGGAUUUUAGCAUCAAUUUAUUCUCAAUGCUGAAGUAUUGUCUAAAACACAGUUUUGUGUUUACUAAGCUAGAAUGUGGUUCAAAGCAUAUCAGUUAUGACCAAAGGUGAUCAUCACUACUAUGGCAAAACAAAAAUAUUUAUUUGAGAUGUACUGUAUAGAGAAAGACGAUAGAUCGAUACCUCGAUAAAUAAUUUUGCAGCUGCUGAACGACUAGACAGGGAGAGUAGUAGCAAUGAGGCCUUGGUUAUUUAGUUUCUUUGGGAGCAGGCUCGCCCCAUUGCACCUCAGUGAAGCCUCUUGUAUUGUGAGCACUUUCUCGUGGUGUAUUCUGAGAUUUACUGCUCAGUCAUAAUCUUACAAGCCAUUUCAAUUGAUUUCUCCCCAAAAAAUUAUCUUAUCAUUCUCAAAAGACUUUGGUACAUUGAAUGGCAUUAUUUCCCCAAAUUUGGCCUUGGUCAAUCUGAAAUUGAAUUUAUACUGAACAAAAAUAUAAAUGCAACAAUUUUACUGAGUUCAUAUAAGUUCAUAUUUUACAGUUCAUAUAAGGAAAUCAGUCAAUUUAAAUCAAGUCAUUAGGCCCUGACCUGUGGAUUUCAUGACUGGGUGUAUAGAUAUGCAUGUGUUUGUCACAACUUUAAAAAUAAAAUAUUAAAAAAAGGUAGGGGUGUGGAUCAGAAAACUAGUCAGUAUCUGGCGUGACCACCAUUAGCUUCAUGCAGUGCGACACAUCUCCUUCGCAUAGAGUUGAUCAGGCUGUUCAUAGUGGCCUGUGGAAUGUUGUCCCACUCCACUUCAGUGGCUGUGCGAAGUUGCUGGAUAUUGGCGGGAACUGGAACACGCUGUCGUACAUGUCGAUCCAGAGCAUCCCAAACAUGUUCAAUGGGUGACAUGUCUAGUGAGUAUGCAGGCCAUGGAAGAACUGGGACAUUUGCAGCUUCCAGGAAUUGUGUACAGAUUCUUGAGAUAUGGCACCCCAAUGGGCCUCAGGAUCUUGUCACGGUGUCUCUGUGCAAUCAAAUUGCCAUCGAUAAAAUGCAAUCGUGUUCGUUGUCCGUAGCUUAUGCCUGCCAUACCAUAACCCCACCACCACCAUGGGGCACUCUAUUCACAACGUUGACAUCAGCGUGUGGUCUCAGACGAUCCACAGGUAAAGAACCCAAAUGUGGAGGUGCUGGGCUGAGAUGUUUAGACGUGGUCUGUAGUUGUGAGGCCGGUUGGACAUACUGCCAAAUUCUCUAAAACAAUGUUGGUGGCCUAUGGUAGAGAAGUUAACAUUAAAUUCUCUGGCAACAGCUCUGGUGGACAUUCCUGCAGUCAGCAUGCCAAUUGCACACGCCCUGAAAAAACAUCUGUGGCAUUGUGUUGUGUGACAAAACUGCACAUUUUCAUGGCCUUUUAUUGUCCCCAACACAAGGUGCACAUGUGUAAUGAUCAUGCUGUUUAAUCAGCUUCUUGAUAUGCCACACCGGUCAGUUGGAUGCAUUAUGUUGGCAAAGGAUAAAUGCUUACUAAUAGGGAUGUAAACAAAUUUGCGCACAAAAUUUGAGGAAUACACUUUUUGUGCGAUUGGAACAUUUUGGGGAUCUCAUUUUUCUGCUCAUGAAACAUGGGACCAACACUUUACAUGUUGCGUUUAAUAUUUUUGUUCAGUGUUCUUCAGAAAUUAAGAGAUGGAGCAAUACCACUGUUCCUCUCUAUCAACGCUUGUAUCUUGACUAGUACAACGGUCAGUCCUGGUAUGAGAUUGAAAUGCUCUUUCGUUUUUGUAUAAUAUAAGCAAUAUUUACUUUCUGGCAUUUGAACGUUAUUGAAAAGACAAUCAUAGUCUCAAGGGCUUUUGUUUCCUUGGUAAUCUUGUUUGAUGUUCACUUUAAUUGAGUUCUGACACUAGGCCUAGCUACAUGGACAUGAUCUGUUCUAGACUAAAGGCUGUCGUCGCUUUGUCAAGGCAUUUUUCUGUGCCAAGAAAACAUUUCAAUUGAUUGCCACCAUGGCAUCUCAUUUAGAACCAUAUGACAUCUUGGCAGUAUGAAUGCAGGAUGGCAAAAUAAGACGAACCCUAGGAUCUCACCCACUUAGUCAGACCUGUGAAUCUGGUAAGAAGAGGAUUCCUUGGUUGGGCUUGAUUGUUCAUGUCGCCGGACAGAAGUCAUGACUGACUAGAGAUAAUUGAAAGCCCGGUAGGUAGGCAGGGUUACUGUAGGAAUGAACUGAAAAAACAAAUGUUACACUCAUAUGGGCAGCAGUAGUACUUGUUUUUUUAGUAAAGCCAAAAAAGUGUAAUUCCUUUUUGCUAUGUGGUAUUCCUUUUGUUCCGCGUGUAUCUUGUUUGGUGGUACUACAUUGUGGUACUACAUUGUAGAUCGUAUCAGACCACUGGAGCUCAUUGCUCAACUUAAUUUAAAUACUUUUUACACUACCAUUUCUAUUGCAUCAUCAGUGGACAGUUACAUUUCACAGAUUCCUGGACUAAUUUACAUAUUUAUUUAAUGCUUCACCAUAACAUCUCUUGAUGAUGGCUAAAUGACAUGCCUUAGUUUUUUCUGGAUGAUAAAGAUGAGGAGCUAAUAUAAUGGACUAACACGUCAUGUUGUGCCCAACAGUCGGUGUUCUACUGUGUUGUCUGGGGUAGAGGAGGAACAAAGGGAGUGUAUAGUCUUUGGUGUCAUGUGUAAACGGUUAAUAGUCUCAGGUUGUGUGGAGCCAGUAAGCAUAUCACAUGGAUUGAUAACAUGCAAGUCGUAUUGACAUUGUAUGUGAUAUGCAUACAGUUAUAUAGUUAUUCAUUCAACCCUGAUCCAAGGCACUUAUUGAGGUAGUUAUGCACUUUAACACGUUCAGUGUCUUUGUGUGCAUUGUCACUCUGAAUACGUGCAUACAUAUGUAUGUUUACAUGCAUAUGUGUUGUAGCUACAUGAGAAAUCUGCUUUGUGGGAGAGAAGAGGUGCAAAACAGGCCAUGGCAAAGAUUGCAAGGUAUGUAUACUGUUGCUUCAUUGACAGAGAUUUAACUUCAAAACUCUCAGGGUCUAAAAUGGUCAGUCCGCACAACAUGGUCCAAAAUCCAGUUAUCACAAUGUGGUUUGAUUGAUGCCAGUCCAGGGUAUGUUACUAGUCCUUCUGGUUAGUCCAGUGAUUUAGUUAGGCUUGCUUUCACCAUGCUUGCAUCCUCCUCCCAUGACUCCACAUUGAGCAACAUGCAACAUCAAUAAUCCAACAGCAGGUGUGUCUGGCUAGCAGGUCAGAAAUAGUUUUCUUCUUGCAAUGCCCUUGUCCAGCAGAUGGCACCAGUUCUCCAGCAUAUGUCCCAUCUGGACCUCUGUCCAUAUGUGUUCCAUUGCUAGACAGAACUCAUUGUAAAGGAGCUUGAGAUCAUACUUCUGACUUUAAAGAAACAAUUAAAUGGGACAUUUCUCAUUUGUAGCAAUAAAGAGCGUGUGAAUGAUGUGUGCAGCACAAAUAUUGCACUGCCUUCUACUGUAUUUAAGCUAAUCCAACAAAGCAUUUUAGUAAUUUAGCAGAUGCCCUUAUCCAGAGCGACUUACAGUUGACAUGCAUGCCAAUUGAAGAUUUGCGUGAGUUAUUGUGCAAAUCUUAGGUCACAGUUAAGGCCUUAUUUGCCAAAGUACAUUGGAUAAAAAAUAUUUGUAAAAAAACAUAAAUUCCGAGAACAUGGAAUGUACACACUGACUCCAAAUAUGAGAUGACUUCACUGGCAAAUGUGAAUAUGGGGUCAAAUUGGAACAAUUAUUUUCUCCUGACCUUUUGAACUACUGCUCUAACAUUCAUGAAAUUAUACAAGUAGCAGCAUGAAAUAAUUGUCAUGUAAGUUUAGUCUUCCUGUUAUGGGUCUUGUCUCUUGAAUGUGAUCGAGCUGUAGAUCCCUAUGUGUUUGUCAUGCAUUGACAAUGGAAACAGCAGGUUGGAGAGUUUGAACAUUCAUCUCUGUUAAUACCAUUGAGAUAGCCUUACAAUAUAUUUUGAACAGGAAAUUAGACUAUGCUGUAGUUGCUUUAAUUUUUUUGCAUUAAUUGAUAGCCUGUUUUUUUUUAAAGGAAAAUACACCUAGCUACAUCCAUUUAGUGCCAUAGAAACCUUUAUUUGCCUUCAAGCAUAAUAGUCAUAAUAUUUGGUCAGUAACUAAUUUCUUUGUUGUGUCUGUUGGGACUCAUUUACCCAGAUAGCCAUGGUUAGAUGGUAAAAGAGAAAUUGUAUUAAGCUCUGAUUUGAAGCAUUGCUGUCACAGAUACAGGUCCUAAUGUCAGUGGGGACUAAUGGUUUGCAUCACUACUUACUACUGAUCGUAGAGUGGAAACUAGGAAGAGGAAAGCGAUCAGAACAGACAUGUUAGUCUGGAAAAAAGAAUGGAUGCAAGAUUUGUUAAAGUAUUUAUAAUUGGACAGACUUUGUAAGGACAAAUAUGUAAUAAGUCUUUGUGUAGGCAAUGAUCAAAAUGUAUGUUAAUUUCUUUGUAAGAGCUGGUUUUGUAAUUAUUAUAGGAACAGUUUUUAAUGUUGGCAGAUGUGUGGUUAACAGGGAAUAGAUUUACCUCGAUGUAUGCCCAUAUUCUUACUUGAAGUAUCUUUCAUAGAAGGCAAAUGUAAAAUUUUCAUUCACAGCCAAGCCUUACCUUUAAAGCAAAGGAACCAGUAUCUUGCAGUACCUACUAAGUUAUAGCACGUGACCCCUCUGGAGUUACAUUUCUCAGUGGAACUGAUAAAAUCUCUGCUGAUUUUGCUAUUAUGGUAUGCAUCCCAAAUGGUACCGUAUUCUCUACAUAGUGUACAACUUUUGACCAAAGCCCUAUGGUCCUUGGUCAAAAGCAGUGCACUAUUUAGAGAAUAGGGUGCCAUUUUGGAUGCACACACACAUCCUUGGGUGUCUGGGAGCCCACAUCCAAUGUUGAUGGCAAACAACUCAAGGUUUCCCUGAGAUUGUUUUGGGAUUUUGCCAUAUUUGCUACAUUGAGUGAAAAACAUUAAUUGGAUUUGACUUAUUACCGGUCCAGUUCAGUUUGACUGUAAUCUCCAAAACCAAAUAACGCUAUUAAUUUAAGUACCUCAGUAUCAGUUGGAGAGAAGAGAAAGGACAAAAAUAGAAGUCUACCUUGUUAUAAAUGGAAACAGUUGUCAAUUUGAUUCUAAAGAUUUAAGUUCUGGUACGUGAAGGGCAGAAAUGUGUAUUUCAAUGAAGGUCAUGAGGAAAAGUAGUGUGAAAACAAUCUAUAGUGAGGGGGGGAGUACUAUGCAGUAAUUAUUUACCCCCUCAAUUUGGUGAAUAUGGGAGGAUUUUACUAGCUUUCCCCCUGCUUGUGGUCUCCCCCCCUUCAUCCUUGCUUGGUAUUUUGUUCUCCAUCAGUUGGACCUGUGUGAUAACCAGCACAGAGGUGGCAUGGUGCCUUUUCAUGUGUUUCUAAAUUAAUGUUGUAGCUACGGCAUGGUCUUCCAUUUAUACCUUCCGGAAGCCUUAUGAAUUCCAUGUAAAAUAAGAGCACAUAUCUCUGAAAAGAACAUUCUCAACCUAUUGUGAUGUUUGCUAAAAUAAGCAACUCUUGUUUAUGUUCUUGGCCUAUUCCGUGUGCAUGCUGUGGAUCUCUGCACGUGAGUCCCGUCAUAUGGUGAAUCCAAGUGUACUAUCGUACCUGAUGUUGGACACCAAUAUUGGAGUAUUUUUUUGAAAGCACAAAUCCAAACAUGGAACCAUAUUCUUUGACGAUACCUCCAAGCAAAGAUAUGUCUCUCAAUGCUGUGGCAGUUAGAGCCAAGAAGAAUUAGAGCGAGGGGGUCACAAAGAAGGAAACCAUGGGAUUGGAUAGUCAUUACCAGUAACUGUAGUCUGAGCAUAUCAAUUUAGAUGUAUUUAUACUUAGAUGUGCUAACUGUACAGAAUAGUUCAGGUUGUGAAGUCAUAUUAGGGUACAUAAAAGUAAUAAUGAUAAUGUUUUGGUUGUAACCGUGUGGUGUUUUUGCAUUAUUAAAAGUAGUGGUUCCUCAGUAGCGGUGUGCAGUGUUAAGCAUGUGAUCAUUCUGUUGAAGUGGUCUAAUAUAACAUGCGUCCUAUUCUAGUAGCAUUAGGGAGUGAUGAAUCAUCCUCGCUUUUUAAGCUGACCUCCCUUUUUGAAGUGGAUGAAAAAGACGAGUGCAAUAAACGUAUUUAUCAUUUGCUUCCUCAUGUAAAAAAAAUAUAUACUUUCUGUAGCUGGUUAAUGCAAGUGGGAUUGUAACCUCACUGCUUCGCAUCCAGAGAAGUGGCACUAGGAUGUGAAGAACUGCAUUCUUAGAACUGUGAUUGAGUAUCAAAGCUGCUUUCUCAUAAGGGGGAACAUGCACAAGAUAAUUUGACUGAUUCAUUAACUGUGUGUAUUGUGUUAGAGGCGUUUUUAGGAUUCAAUCUCCUUGAAUGUGAAUAUUUUGAAUGCAUGUCUAGGUGUGUAUGUAUGCAUCUUCCUCCGUAUCAAAUGAAAUAUUGUCUGGCCGUAAAUUAAAGGAAUUAUGAAAUCCCUUGUUUUCAGAAGAAACAUUAAGGGAGACCUCCGAUUCAUUCCCCCUCACUAAACUUAAAAGCUGUGCAUCUAAGUGAACAGCUUCAGAUCUUCACUGAUCAUGUAUGUUUUAUUAGUAUCAAUAAUGGAGGUCUGUUGAAAUGGUGACCCAUGGAUUACAUUAAGAAAACUAAGAAUUAUUACACAUUACAAGCAACUACUUACAUGUGCAACACUAUAAAAGUGUUUAUUUUAUGUUUUUGUUACUUUGGGCAAGUAACCAAGCCUGUCUAAAUCAGACAUAUCGAUGACAAUGGAAAUGAAAGGUGUAGCAUGAGAACAGCUCAGUGCUUAGGGUAAUGUGUAUACCUACUGUACACCCUUUUGACAUGUUGGAGUACAUGUCAAAAUGGCCAUUGUUGAAAGCCCUGUGAUAUUAGUUGUAGAAUAACAUUCCCCUUGAAACGACCUUUUUAACCAGCAGGGGAAGGAAAUGUUCAAAAACAUUGUUUGCCACUAUUGGCAGUAAUUUGCUGUAAAAGCACAUAGAUGUACUCUUAGAAUAAGCACAGGAUCAAUGCCAAUUGCACAUUAUUAGCUCAGAGUGUAGCCUCCUAUUGGGAAUUGCCUUGAGAUGUGUGGUCACCCACAAUGAAGUCUGGGGCCAGAUAUUAUCAUUGGACUCCGUAAGGGACCACAAUGGUGAUUCACAUAAUCUGUCAUUUUGAUACCAUCUGUUGGAGGUACACUGUGGCUAAUGUGCUCCCUGAGCAAUACAGAAGAAUGGAUGCAUUCAUUGGCAUAUCCUGUGACUUGUUGGUCCCUUUGCUGAUUUCUUAGUUUAUUCUGCAGCAUCUUAACUGAAUGUGAACUGAUGAAGACCGACUACGGGUUAGUUGCCCGUUUCACUCCGUGGCUUAUCUAUUGAAAAUACUAUGGACCCCAUACCAGGAAAGGAGUCGUCUAAAUCAGGGCAGAUGAUUAGUUACAAUGAAAUGGUUUUUUGUCAGCUAAACAUUCCAAAAGUUUUGCAGGCUUUGCUGUUGGGUAACAGAACAGUCUUCACUGCUUUGCUGUUGAAUAGUAGUAACUUUGACAUAGGCCUAGUCUGUGUGUUUGUCAGAGAAAGGAAAGAUUCCCUAUUUAACUCUUACCUCAUUUACAAACCUGCAAAUACUAUUCUACUGUGAGUAGAAAAUGCCAUCACCAGCAUGUGCUCUAGACCUGUGAUGACAAUGGCAACAGGACCAAUGACGUAGCGCGAGUUCAACAUUUUGUGAGUUAAAACAUGAAUAGUCAACGCCUCUCACUUUCGCAUAUAAUGGUAUUAUCCAUGUAAAUAAACUUGUUUGCAUUUGUCUUUUUCAAUAGUAGCAUUUUUCCUACCUCCCAUAAAUUGCAGUUGGAAUUAAUCUGCACCUGUUUUGACAAACAAAUAUAUACACAAUAGCCUAUGGGAACUUUAGAAUUUUACCAUGAACAAUAACUCAACUUGAUGAAGUGUGCUUGAUUAUUGUGUGUGUUCGUGAGAUUUAUGAUACGCAUUUCUACAACAAAAUACCACUGGGAUGUGAAGCCAGACUGAUGCUGAUGUCUUCUUAAAACACCUCAUUUCUCCAUUAUUCUGCUUUCAUGUUAUGCUCUAGUCUCUUAAAGUUUACAGCUUCCUGGAAUGUGAAUUUUGGUUGGGUUAGUUAUUGCAUAUGUACGUACAGCUGGUUUUGGUACUAUAUCAUAUUUUUAACAGUGGAGACCGGUUAUAUGCACAUUAUAUUCUGUACGAGGUUGAAUCUUGUUCCCCUCAAGCCGUAUGCCUUCAGAAACACUAAUCCACUUGCUAGGUGUUUGCCUUCCCACUGUCUUUGUAUCAGCUUUAAAGCAGAAUCCUUAAUUGAAACAAAAGCGGAUACCCCACCUCUGUUUUGGUAAAAAGCUGACAGAUGGGCCUGGAGAAAUGUAACCACUCAAAUUCAUGGACAGAGCUAUGGAUGCAAGGACUGACCACCCAUGAUAUAAAUAUAGUUAACCAUGUUGAGGCUAUACAGUGUUUGUUUACCAACAUUGUAAAACAUUUUAUAUUUGGGGUUUUAAAUGGAGUAUGAGCGUUGAACUUAGUUUGAGUCAUAAAUUAUAUUCAAGAAUAAAAUUGCUAUAUAACAUUAAUUUAAGUCCAGAAAUGAAUGUAGGAACUAAAGAUUCUAGCUUUAAUUCCAUGGCAAUAGAGGACAGGGUGAGGUCUGGUUUCUGACCAGACAGACACUCUCGCCCUGCCCCUCAUUCCCACACAAGGAGAGGAACACCCCGUCUCACUCCCCAUCCACUGUCCCUCCAAAACCUCAAGCCAUUUCUUUAUUUGACAACAAUGCAAUUGAUCCCAAAAGCACUUUGCCUUGUUUUUCCAUUGUGUGAACUAUGUAAAUUGUAAUUUGUUACAGAUAUGUAAGAUCAUUCAUUCACAAUUUCGGACUAAUCUACGUUAAUGAUUUAAACAUUGAAUCUAAAUCUAUUUUAUACAAUGUUUGCUGCAGCCAAUUGGUCUUGUCAUUCAGUAUUGUGGCUUAGGGUUGGUUGUGUUUUAAAUAAAAUGCUAUUGAUAAAUA